AUGAGAAUCCAUGGCACAGAUAUUGAUGAACCAGCGGCUGGAGCACCAUUACACAGCAGACAGCGUCGCCUACACUGUUCUGACUACCCUCGCAUAGUUAAUCAUCUCAUGGGCCUAUUCAGCCAUACGCGUAUCUCCGACAGCGGAAUUCACUGUGCUGCCGUCGCACCUAGUAUACCCUCUACACCCAUCGCCAAUCCCGCCCAUAGUACUCCAAUCGCUGGAACCACUAACACCAACACCAUAAGUGAACAGCAUGAGCAGCGUCACCCUAUAAUUCUCCAUCUAUUGAUCCGUCACUUUUACCGCACAUGCAUAUCACGCAUCGGUCUGGUCGAUCAGGUGUGA